AUGGCUGGUGACAACUCUUUCCUUAUCGACUUCUUGAUGGGUGGUGUCUCUGCCGCCGUCUCUAAGACCGCUGCUGCUCCAAUUGAGAGAGUCAAGUUGUUGAUUCAAAACCAAGAUGAGAUGAUCAAGCAAGGUCGUUUGGCUAGAAAGUACGAUGGUAUCGUCGAGUGUUUCAAGAGAACCGCUGCUGACGAGGGUGUCGUUUCCUUCUGGAGAGGUAACACCGCUAACGUUAUCAGAUACUUCCCAACCCAAGCCUUGAACUUCGCUUUCAAGGACAAGUUCAAGAAGAUGUUCAACUUCAACCAGAAGGAGAACUACUGGAAGUGGUUCGCCGGUAACUUGGCUUCCGGUGGUAUGGCUGGUGCCACCUCUUUGGCUUUCGUCUACUCUUUGGACUACGCCAGAACCAGAUUGGCUAACGACGCCAAGUCCACCAAGGUUGGUGGCGGUGACAGACAAUUCAACGGUUUGUUCGACGUCUACAAGAAGACUUUGGCUUCUGACGGUAUUGCUGGUUUGUACAGAGGUUUCGGUCCAUCCGUUGUCGGUAUUGUUGUCUACAGAGGUUUGUACUUCGGUUUGUACGACUCCUUGAAGCCUGUCGUUUUGGUUGGUCCAUUGGAGGGUUCUUUCCUCGCUUCUUUCCUUUUGGGUUGGGCUGUCACCACUGGUGCUUCCACCGCUUCUUACCCAUUGGACACUGUUAGAAGAAGAAUGAUGAUGACUUCCGGUCAAGCCGUCAAGUACAACGGUGCUUUCGACUGUUUCAAGAAGGUUGUCGCUGCUGAGGGUGUCGCUUCCUUGUUUAAGGGUUGCGGUGCUAACAUCUUGAGAGGUGUUGCCGGUGCCGGUGUCAUCUCCAUGUACGACCAAUUGCAAGUUAUCUUGUUCGGUAAGAAGUUCUAA